GCACGGCAGGAGCACGAGCCCUCCGGAGAAGCCACUCGUGUUGUUAAAGAAAAUGAGGAUCAAUAUACAGAGGAAAAUGUUUCGUUUGUUUCUGAACGCCGUUUUUUCCAGAAGCUGGACUUUAUAUAAUGGAAUAAAGGAAAUUGGACAUUGAAUUAUUAUUAUUGUUGGGUUUGUUUUUUUGUUUUUUGUUUUUUUUUUUUAAAAGGAAGGAGUUCAUGUUUUUUGGGAUAACCUCAAAUGCUGUGUUUUUCCGUGAAAUUCAUCUGGAGUCUCUCAUUGUGGAGAUGUUAUCCCUGCAUCAUUUCAACUUCUCGGGGCCCAGCACCAUAACACCCUUCUCCAAUCAGACCCAGAAUGUGGUGGAAGUGGCAGCCGUGGGUCAAAAGGACAACAUAACAAGCAGAUCGGCCAAAAGCCCUGCUGUCCCUGGCCUUUCCAUGACCUUAGGUGUCCUGUCCAAUAUCAUAGCACUUUUCAUUUUGGCUAAGGCAUAUGCACGUCUGCGCAGACACUCCAAGGCUACCUUUCUUCUCUUCGCCAGCUCACUGGUGGCCACAGACUUGGCUGGUCAUAUCAUCCCUGGUGCUGUGGUACUACACCUCUACUCGAACAGUGUAUGGACAAGUUCUCCCACUCAUUCAGAUGCCACCUGCCAGUUCCUAGGUGGCAGUAUGGUCUUCUUCGGCCUGUGUCCACUUUUUCUGGGCAGCGCCAUGGCAGCAGAGCGAUGCCUGGGUGUCACACAGCCACUUCUUCAUGCUCGUCUUGUCUCAGGGACUCGCACCAAGAUAGCCUUGGUGCUAAUCUGGCUGGCAGCACUUUCUGUGGCCUUGCUGCCUGCUGUGAGGCUGGGAGAGUACACCUAUCAGCACCCAGGUACCUGGUGUUUUAUAAGGGUAUUAGGGAAAACAAAGGACACAGAUUUAGCCUUCCUGCUGUUAUUCUCAGCACUUGGAUUGGGCUCCUUGGCCAUGUCCUUUGUGUGCAACACGAUUAGUGGCAUCACCCUGGUGCGAGCACGCUUGCGCAGAAGAAAAUGCCACCGCAGGACUGCAAACUCGCAUGACAUAGAGAUGGUGGCACAGCUCCUGGGAAUCAUGAUCACUUCCUGUAUUUGCUGGUUCCCCCUACUGAUCUUUGGCUUGAUGUCAGUCACAAAUGGCCAAAGUGACGACAAGGAGGAAGAGAUGUACUAUAACAAACUGAUGGUGACGGGAGUACGUCUGGCCUCAUGUAACCAGAUCCUGGACCCAUGGGUUUACAUCUUACUGCGGCGAGCGGUGCUCAGAAAGAUCUAUCAGCUCACAACUGGCCAGAAUGAUAUGAGAGGCAGCACUUUCCGGCGCUGGGAGAUCAGCUCCUUACAAUCUCAGAGCUCAGAGAAAAAAAACACCAUCAAACAGAUCUAAGAGAAUGAAAAGAAAAGGGUGGAUACGGAGGACAGCAUCUGGACAGAGCGUGUGCUAUUGCAUCUACUGUCGAGGCAGAUGAUGGAAGAAUAUACAAAAACUUUUGUAUACAGAGUGCAAUCGAAGGACUGAGAGAGAUGCUUCAUUUGCAAUUGCUCUAAUAAAUCACUUUGGAUAAAUAUACAUGGUAAUUCAAAAUGUGCCAACACUUUAGUCUCCUAUUGCUUCCUCACCACAAGAACUUUGAAUAAUUUUGAUGUUAUGAACAUACAGUAUGCUUCCCUAAGUGUCCAAACAUUAUGGUUUACUGUAUCAAAGAGAGCAUGUCAAAGGACACAACUUCUAAUAGCAUAACAGUGUAGGUUUGCAGAAUAUCUGCUUUCAAAAUACUUUAAAGUUAAAAUCCUACAUGGUUUAUAAAAUCCAUGACAGAACAAAUGACAAUUGACUGGAUUCGGGACAUAUAAAGAAUAAAAACAAUACAAAAAUCUUUUUCUUUUCUUAAAAAUCCACAAAUAUCUGCAUUCUUCCAUUCAAAUGGAUAUCGGGAAACUUAACAAAAUGUUCGUGCUACAUUGGAAGUAAUGGCAGAGCUUUUACUUGAAUUGUAUUCAUAGAGAGAUGUUCUUAUGUCUGUAUUUAUUGCCUGUUUUGUUUCCCUAAUUAUGUGACCUGAAAAGUAAUCAAAAUCUUAUAAAAGCUAUGGAAUGUACUAAA